AUGGUGGCAGCGCUUGCCAGCGUGGACGAAGUCCAUCGCAUCGUGCACCACAUCUUCUUGCCGCCCAAGCUACCACAGCGGGCGGAUGAGGACAGCGAAAUCGCCCUCGUCAACACCAGCUUGCAGGCACUCGUUGCCUUACGGGAUCUGCUUCUGCCAGAUGCUCCGCCAGCAGCCCUCGACAAUGCUAUUGCGCUUGUCCAAAACAUCAAAGCAGUCAACGGUCUGCCUGGUGGGAAAAUUGACGAAGUGCGCCUUCAACAGAUCUUGACAUCUCUUCCCAUUUGUGGUACCCUAGUCGCCAAUGUCAGCUCUCAAAAUGCUGCGGUCCUCAUCACUCGACGGCCAGAAGAGCUAGUGUUUGAGGAGUUCGAGCUGUCGCCUCUUGAUGCUGACGUUGUCAAGACGGAAGGCAGACUCAUUCGCACCUUCCCUGGAUUGGCCGUUGCAGUGCCCGCCAACAUUCUCAGCGAAACCGACUUUCCAACAAUGAUAGCAAGCACCCUCUCGACCAUGUGCCAUCAGCCAGCACCAGGUAUGCAACCUCAAUCACUGAAAAAUGGCGUCCUACAUGACGAGCUUCGCGACACUACCAACCCAACAAUGGUCUCUGAGCUGUUUAUGGGAGUCCUCACGGGCAUUGGAUCGCCCGUUUCUGCCUCGUCCAUCUCGAAGAAUACCCGAGACGAGGUGCUCUGGAAGCAAGCUGCGGCUCCAUGGAGGCGGUCACCAAUGUGGUUGUUGAUUCGAGUCUCCAUACAACUAGUGGUCUGUCGAUCAUCGGAUGGCUCGCACGCUCUCUACAAAGAGAUCAUGGUCUUCAUUAUGGGCCGCAUCUUGAAUUCGGCCAAAGCCCAUCACCUUCCUCCGGACGUGGUCUACACCAUGAUGGCAAAGAUUGACCGGCGGCUGCGAAAGAUCUCUGGCGCUGGACCUCCGAUCCUUCCCAAUUCAGUCAAGGCGAGCAUCGACCACGUCCUUCACCAGUGCUGGGAAUCUCUGGUUAAGACCUGGGCCUUGUCUCAGCAGCUCGACUCGCGAGACCUGCAAUUGCCCACACUCUCAACACUGGACUUCGAGCGAGAUACCUUAGUGGCGCUUCCCGCGCUCGACGACUACAUCGAAGCCACACACAACCGCCGUCGUGAGAGUAUCUCAGAUCGCUUCAUGCCUUCUUCGCAACUCAUAGAGCUCAAGCCCGGCUGUCUUCCAAAUCUACCCAGCAGCCACUUCAAUGACUCUUACGCCGCUACCAACCUCAGUCUGUUCGAGCAGUGGGUGUCACGGCACAUCGACAAUUGGGUGGCCGCCAAUGAACAAGACAAUGCGUGUGAGGAGUUGCACGAUCUCAUGGUCCAAUACCACCGCCUUGCGGGGUUUCGCUAUUCCGGCAAUCCCGAGGCAACAUCUGCAAUGGUACUGACCAUCUUUGAACUGUGGGUAGCAUGUGACAAAGCUGCACUUCGAAAAUGUCCAUGGUUGAACAAAUACGACCCUGGCAUCCCGACUGAUGCACUCCACAACCUGCUACUGCCGUUCCUUGAUCAGAUGAAGAGGCUCUUCGAUUUGGAGGACUACAUCGACAGACGGAAAACAAGAAGCAGGAAGCAAACAGAUCUCUUGUUUGCUUCGGACAGUAGCGAAAGCUUCGCGAGCCAGUACUUUGACAAGUCACAUACUCACCAGGCACUACUUUCGGAAAUUGUUUCCGACGCCAAAAGGGCUCGCCAAGCGAAGUUGGAGGAAUUCAAGCAGGUAAAAGCCGAGUAUCGUCGCCUUGACGCACUUUACAGUGGGAUGGACCACGAGUACACUACCAAGGUCAUCGACAACUGGUGUAACCCACCAGAGACAGAAGAAGUCCACUAUCCACAAAGCUGCCAGAAGUGCUGUUAUGCCUCUCAGCGUAAUCAAUUGUCAAUCGAGGUUCAUGAGUGGCCACUUCCAAAUAGUCCUUACAGAGUCAAGGCCGUUGUAUUUGAGCUGGACAUACCGUCGUGGUUCGGAAAUUGGAGGAAUGCACGAUUAGUGCUUCUCCAGGAUGUGCUCAAAGGCACGCGUACGAAAGUUAAACCUUCAACAGCAUACCUUCUAUCAUCCAAGGAUCCGCACCUUACGCGAAGGCAUUCCCAACGAUUGGCUCAUCCGCGUAUCGACCUCUUGUCCCAGACUGAGCCGGUACUCAAGACACACUAUAGCAGCAAGAAGAUCACGACACUUAGGGAAUCUGAAAUAUGUGUUCCUAGCGGUCUGCGUUACAAGUACUACGAUGCUCAAAGCGACGAGUACCCGGGCGAGUUCAUGUUCAAGGACAUCGUUCCUCGGGCCUGCACAUAUACAUUGCCGUGUCGGGCUCUGCAACGCUUCCUCUUCCGCCCGGCCUCUGCUCCUGAUGGCUUAGAGCCGAAUACCGUCAUUGCCAGUCAAGAUGCUUGUCCCGAGAAUACAACGCUCGAGGAAUACAAGGAAUUGGGCACACUCCCACUUGGUCAUCAUAUCCAGUGGGCUAAUAUCCUGCUUCAACUUGCCAUGCCAACUCUGGAUUUCAAGAAGCCAGAAACGACUCUGCUCCUCCUUCAGUGUGCCUACCAAGCUGGUCCAAGGUGGAGCAUCUCGAACAAUCUCUCUAGCAGCCCAGACGGGCGCAUGACCUUACGCAGCUCCCAUGACUUCUUCAGCAGUGAAGAGAAAGCUCAAUCUCUCCUCCAGCGUCUUACAGAAGCGUUGCAGCGCGUCAAAAGCAACUGGGAAUCUUCUCAAGCUCUAUUCAUAUUUGUGGCCAUCGCAGCUCGCGCACUCUCCCUCAGCGCUUUCUCUAGUGUGCACAAAGCCUGCUUCGCAUUUUUGGCCACCUCCCGCGAUAUCGCUAUGGGCUGGGUCAUCAGCCUGAGAGAUAAAGCGUAUGCAGCAGUAGAUUACAAUGACAAGACUGCAUUCAUCACCAAAAGCGUCGAACUGGCGCUGAUCUGCAUAACGACUUUCGAUAUCGACAGCCAAUAUCUUGAAGUGGUCCUGGCCGCAGAGAACAGUGCCUCCAUACUUGUGCAAGCCUCCAUUGUUGUUCAAGAAGGAGAACAUAGUCAAGCUUCUGAACGGGAGCCACUCCUUGCUAUCCUGGAAAUGCGACGCAAGCGGCUUAUGCCUCGCGUUUAUAAGAUCCUCGCACAACAUCCCACUGAGCUUGACACUGCCAUAAAAAAAGCCUGGUCGGCGUAUGUACCAGGCUCGACCUGGCGGGUAGCGUCCGAAAUUGCAGAUGAAUGGGUGAUCACGCAUACGCUUGCUACGAUGCGAGCCGACAGCAUGAGCGUACAAUACAACCUAAUCAGCGGUGAGCUGCUCGUGAAUGGUUUGCCGCUGGAUCAACCUCCGCAGGCAUAUCGUGUUCACCCCCUAUACUCUGCGCUCUUCGGCAAAACUGUCGUCGAAAUCAUGCCGUCCACAACUCCCGGUUUCCAGUUCUCCACCAAGCGCGAAUUUGGAGGAUUUUCUGUCCAGCUGGGCAUGUUCUCAAAGGGUGAUCUUAUCGUUAGGGCUACAAAGGGCGACAUCACAUAUGAGACGAUACCAAGCCGCCUUGUUGAAAAGGCAUAUCCAAUUUCGUUUAUGCAGGAUUACGUACACUGGUUUAAUGUCGCAACGAAUACUGUACAGUUCCGACCAGUCCAUGAGCCAUGGAAUCCAUCUUCACCCGCAGUGUGGACGUUGUCGCAACGGCAUAUCCAGUGGCGCUUGUCGAGAUCCGAACGUUCUGUAGUUGGCACCGGCAGUUUGACGUCGCAGAGAGUAUCUCAUGUGCUCGACCCUUUAGCCGACGCAAACCGGAUUCACAGUAUUCUGCAGCCGUCUGUCAAUACCAAAACACUCCUUGUCAGCAUUCCAACACUACGCCUUAGCUUCAAACUUGCCCAGGGUAGUGCUUUGCUAGAGUGCAAGGAGUUUCGCUCUAUGGUAGUCGAUGCCGACCAAUCUCUGGGCACUCUUGUAGGCCUACGCAGCAAGAUUGUGCUGAGGCAUCUGACCAGGGACGACCGCAUCGUACUCGUGCCGGAAUCGAAAGUGGUCGGUUACCAACAACAAAACAACCAUACCUCCGUUACCGUGUCCAAAGAGUCAAUUCACAGAGUUCACGCUCUGAGUGUGGACCCCAAGCUUGGCCGCCUGCUUGACAACAGCGAGUUGGGCUGCAAGCUCUUCCUGGCUUAUCUCCACGCACUCACUUCAUUUUGCCUGGUUGACCCUCUCACGCACAAAACCGGCACUGAACAAGCGCUUACAAUUUUGAAAUCUGCAGCUGUUCGCUCCUUCGAUCAGCUUUCGCAAGAGCACACAGACAUGCUGGUUAAGAUAGCCGAUCUGAGCCCAGGCCGCUGCUAUUAUCCAACCCACUUGCGCGUCAUGCAGACAGUUCACUGGGACAAAAACAUUAGUUUCCUGCCUCAACAUGGUUCUUUCAUUACCACGGUGAAAUCUUUGUUGAAACAGGCGGAGCAGGCCAUGAUAUUCUUCCCAGAUGCUCAGCUCUCAUUCCCUCGCCUGGAGAGGAUCGACGAACAUCUUCUCCAGCGGGAUAAUAUCCGGUCUGCUACAUUCAGAGUAUCGGGCUUUGGGGCAGAAAACCAUACCACUCAGAGCGAUCAACGGUACACCGCCCGCGAUCGCCAUCGGGCUUCGCAGCUCGCCAUUCGUGCUUCUACUAUGUCCCAUCUCAUCUUUCGAGACGGUGUUGGACGAUCUUAUCCAGCGCCGGCUGCGGGUAGUCUUUGGCAGAAGAUGUGCGCCGUUGAAAUCGUCCAUGGACCUCAGCCACCAGUCGACUUGUCGAGCUUGAAAUAUGAUGCCAGUUUUAUCAAGGACGGGUACAGUUACGUUUUGCAGAGACUGCCAGGUUUGCAUCGGUGCCUUGGAACUUGCAUUGAUUCGCAACGAUCCAAGUUCUCAAUCAUGAUGUGGCUUUCGACAAUGGCCUGUGAACCAGAUGCAGAUUUGUCAAUGUUGCAGUCAGUCGCCAUGUUCUUCAAGUCCGCUGCUUUGGCACAAAUUCGUGCACCAGAGAGAGUAUCGUUUAGAGUACAAGCCGGCAAUACUUGCUCGGAAAGCGCGCUUUCGCGUGUUGUUGAGCAGUCUCUUCGGCCUCUUAGAUCGUGCCCGGAACAUGAUCUAACCAGGCAAAGGAAUGAGAAGAAGCACGUCUAUCACAGUCGACGCGACAUGGCAUGGCAGAGUGCACGCAGGUCUGCAGUCGCGACGUUUGUGAAUAGACUCGCUACCCAAUGGCCGUGUGAGGUCCCCGACACUCCUGAUGUUCCGUCAACUUAUAUCAGAGUCAAUGAAGCAAUGAAAGAUGUCAGACCCUUGUUCGAGAGGUGGUAUGGCAACAGACUGCUUCAUCAGUACUUAGCAUGCAUUGAGCAGACCAUGUCUAGCUUCGUCUAUGAGCGCAUAGAACCUGUCUAUUUAACCAUGAGCGCGCCCCAAACGAGACCCAGCGUUUCUGGGUACGUGUCUGAGCGCAGCAUCUUCCUGCUUCCAGCACCGGAGCUACAGGGGUACUGCCACACUGUCGGCCACACUCUUGACUGUUCGAGUCAGAAACAUGGACUCGGUCGGCCGCCGCUUCUCAGUUCUAUUGUUGAGAUCAACGUGACCGCUGAGGCACUGUCAUCCUACUUAAGGUCAUGCACCGAACAUGCGUAUGAGGUGUAUGGUGUUCUCGAGGCUGCUGUGACCGCGUCAGCAAGCUCAAGUGGUACUCGACUCACAUAUCAGCGACCUAGGGUGUCACCAACAUUCUUCCUACAACAGCUGUCUCGCAGCAGAUGGCACUACCUGGCCGAUGGGUGGAAAGAGUGCAUAGUGAAGUAUGCACUCGCGCUCGCUGCGAUGCAGCGAGCUGAGCGACUUAUCAAACUAACCGAAAAUCAGGAUCUCGUCAACGAGUUGCAAAAUCCAGGUCACCAAAACUGGGAUCCUGCUAAGCAUCCGGAAUCAUUGCUGAUGGAAGUCGAGAGCGGUUUCCUUGUUCGACCUGUUCAAGCACAGAUCGCCGCGCAAAUGCAAAACCCGCCAGAUGGCAACAACGCAGUAAUGCAGCUCAAUAUGGGCGAAGGCAAAUCCAGUGUCAUUGUUCCUAUCGUCGCAGCUGCUCUUGCUGAUGGAGAACAGCUGGUCAGAGUCGUCGUAGCCAAGCCGCAGUUUAAGCAGAUGACGCAGAUGCUGAUCUCGAAGCUGGGUGGACUGCUGGACCGACGAGUCUACUACAUGCCCAUCUCACGAUCGCUCAAGCUGGACAACACUGCUGCUCUCCAUAUAUCCGCCAUGUUGAAUGACUGUAUGUUGUCAGGCGGCAUUCUCCUGAUACAGCCCGAGCACAUUUUGUCCUUUCAGCUCAUGACACCUGAAUGCUACAUCCUAGGCAGGGAAGACGUCGGGCGGCAGCUCAUGUCAACCCUGGACUUUCUUGAGCAAAAUGCACGCGACAUUGUGGACGAAAGUGAUGAGAACUUCAGCGUACGAUUUGAGCUCAUUUACACAAUGGGUACGCAGCGCCCUAUUGAACUCAGUCCGGAUCGCUGGCUCGUGCUGCAGCAAGUGCUCGACGCGGUGGGACUCCUGGCGCCUGGAGUAGCAAAGGACCUUCCACUUUCAUUAGACUAUCAUCCAGGUGUGUCGGGCAGCUUUCCUCGAAUUCGCAUCCUCCGCCCAGAUGCCGGAGCUCUGCUCCUUCAACGUCUUGCCGACCACAUCUGCAACAAUGGCCUUGACGGAUUACAGGUCUCUCGGCAACCAGAGGAAAUCCGUGGGGCUAUUCACUCGUAUAUCUCCAAAGUCGAGCUUAGUGCGGCAGAGAUCAGUCUCGUCGAAAAUUCACUAUUCUGGACCGAGACGACGAAACCGCCUCUCCUCCUGAUUCGAGGCAUUAUCGCGUGUGGUGUCCUGGAAUUUGUGCUAACCCAGAAGCGAUGGCGUGUGGACUACGGUCUUGCCUCUCGCACACCGCCUACCCAACUCGCUGUGCCAUACCGCGCAAAAGACAACCCGUCUCUUCGAUCCGAGUUCAGUCACCCAGAUGUAGUCAUUGCCCUGACUUCGCUCUCCUAUUAUUACGGCGGACUCUCUGACGACGAUCUUUUCACCGCGAUGGGACAUCUUAUGGAAAUCGAUCAGUCUGACGUAGAGUAUCAGGCCUGGGUCCGAGAUGCUAACGACCUGCCUGCUUCAUUCAAGCAGCUUCAGGGCAUCAAUCUGAAGGAUCGUCCGCUGUGUACAUCGGAGGUAUUUCCGGCACUUCGCUUGGCCAAAAGUGUGAUAGACUUUUUCCUCUCACACAUCGUGUUUCCGAAGCAGAUGAAGGAAUUUCCACACAAGCUCUCGGCGUCCGGUUGGGAUAUUGGGAAGCGCAAGAGCCGGCCGGUGACGGGGUUCUCUGGCACAAACGACUCUCGCUGCGUGCUGCCGAUUAGUGUUCAUCAUGUUGACCACCCCGAUCAAAAACACACGAACGCGCUAGUACUCGAGUACCUCUUGCAGCCUGACAACGGGGUUGUGCUGAUGGAGCCGGUGAUGCAACACACAUCGGAUGCUGAGCAUCUAUUGGGCACUAUUGUGCACCUCACUCCGCCCAUCCAGGUCAUUCUGGAUGUAGGUGCUCAGAUACUCGAGCUCAACAAUAUCGAAGUGGCCAAGACUUGGUUGAAGAAGCACGACGCGACGAUGGAGGCCGCCGUUUUUGUCAACGACGACGACGAGCUAUGCGUUGUCGACCGUGAGAAUAGAGUCGAUCUGCUGCGUGCCUCGUCCUUCUUCACCAGGCUGGAUUCUUGCCUUAUCUUCCUUGACGAAGCGCACACUCGCGGAACUGAUCUGCGAUUACCGUCACACUACAGGGCAGCGGUGACUCUGGGUGCGGGCUUGACGAAGGACCGACUAGUCCAAGCUUGCAUGCGAAUGCCGGCAACUAGGACAUCAGAUAUCACGGUCGCAGAUGUGAUCUUUUGGUCCAUUUCCGAGACGCACCUGGAAAUCCGCCGCAGUAUGCCACUCUGGGCUGUCCAAGGCGAGCGGUUUUGUCUUCAGGAUAAGCUGUGGCAGCAGAUUCGCCGAAAUGGGCGCACCCUGCUGUCCAAGGAGCAUGCUGAGACGUUUCAAGAAAAAGAAGCUCAGUCUCUCGAUGAUCGCUUCCGCCCGCGCCAGGCCCAUGGUCAGCCUCUCCAUGUGGCUAACGCUUCAGAUGCAGAUCUGCGUCUCAUCGCCGAACGCUGUCGGCAGUUUGACGAACUGAACUUCAAUUCCAGCACGCUCCAGGAGGAACAAGAGCGCGAGCUGUCACCAGAGAUAGAACAGGAGCGGCAGAUACAGCGGGCACCAGCGGCAGAGCCAAAACCACAUAGGCUACAUAAGGACGUCUGGAAAUUCGCCAUCGAUGGCGUGUUCAUCAGAGGCUCUACGGCAUACAUGCCUGCCUUUGAGGCAUUAGAAAAUUCUAGCGCAGCAAGUGACUUCCCAGUCCGGCAGAUGGCCGGCGAGGGCAGCUUGCUUGUUACCGCGGAUUUCGCCAAGACGAUCAAACCAUCUAAUCGUUCUUCAUAUCUUUCUGAUGCUUUCCAGCGGCCUGUCCAAUGGGUACUCACAAGCCGUGCAAAGGGGACCGCCACCGUUGAUCGAAUCAUCAUCAUCAGUCCGUAUGAAGCGAACCUGCUCUACAAGCCUAUGGAAGGUUCCACUGCCGCCACUCUGCAUGUAUUUAAGCCCCGUUGCAAUUCGGGAUACGCUCCCAUGGAUCGACUAGACUUCCACACCAUUACCGCCCAGCUCGGAUCUUCCAUUGUUCCGCGCGGACUUGCCAUACAGCUGUGCCUUUUCUCAGGACAGCUUUAUAUAAGCUCUUACGAGGAUUACAACGAGAUCUGUAGCUUCCUGGGGCUCUCCAAAGAGGCUCUCACACAAGAGAUGGGCGAGCACGGGUGGAAGGUCGCCGCUGAUGGCUUCAUUCUGAGCGACGAGCAGGGCCGAGCAGGCGGCGGAUCAGGACCAUACGAGAGCCCUGUGGGUUUCUUCAAAAUUCUGAUGUCAAAGAUUAGGAGGAAUGGAGAUGGCAUCAUGAAGACGCACAUGGGCAGUUUGCUGGAUGGUAAAAUCUUUCAAGCAUCUGAGUUCGAGGAAUAA